AAGUGAAGAUCAUUAGAUCAUCACAAAAGAAAUAAAAGAAGAAAAAUGAAACAAAUUGUCAUAUUCUUCUUUAGUUCCCUUGUAAUUUUACUAUUCCUUUCCAGAUGCACGGGCGCCCGUCUCCAGCCAACAAUUCAAGUGUUCUCAGAUGAACAGAAGAUACAAGUUAUUCGAGCAACUCAGGAAAGACCUUCUCUAAAGUCACAAGAAGACUUCUCCGCCCUGAUGAGUUUGGAAGAAUCAUGCGAGGAUAAUGACAAAGACUGCCUCAGUAGAAGAAUGGUUUUAGAGGCUCAUUUAGACUACAUUUACAAGCAAGGUCGCAAACCUAACCGCUAA